AUGAUUUAUAAUAUUUUAAGCUUUUUUUGUGCUCUAUGCUUAGUAAAAUAAUGCAUUUCAUCUGGAUGUACUAGUUUAGGAUAUUUUGGAUAGGAAUUAUAGUAUUAUAGCACAUUUGUUUACUAAGUUACUUAAAAUGGUGAUCCGAAUAUAGCCAUCAUCAUAUUAAGAAAUGAAAAAUCGCAUAAAGAUGGUAAUGGCGAUAAAUAUUAUACAGCUAAUUUUUAUUGUUCUGAUUAUGAUCAAGAUUUUUAAUGUAGCGAUGAUAGCGAUGAUGUUGUUCUUUACUCUAAUAGAAAUGACUGCUUAAUCUAAACAAAUGCUUAGUUUAAGCUUUGCCAAAUGAAAAUGUUAGGAAAUGGUUAUAAUUGCUAUGAUAAAGAUAGAAAUUGCUAGUUUAAUAGAGAUUGCGUUUAAUGCUAAGAUGGAAACUGCGUUAAAUCUACACCAUAAUAUGAUUUUUUUGGAAAGAUAACAGGCUAUAGUACUGAUUGUGUCCAAAUUGAUAGCUUAGAUACUUUUAUUGGCUUUGAUGGAUAAAAUGGUUGCGAUAUGAGCUAUAAAAAUGACACAAACAUCAUGAGUUGCUCUUCAAGUAGGAAUACAGUAUGUUUAGAUUAUGAUAGUGCCGAUAGCAUAACAUAUUGCAAAUUUUUACCCUACUAUUAAUCUUAAAUUGUGGGUAAAAUAGCAAAUAAUUACUGCUACUACUUGUCCUAUUAAUUUAUACCUCAAGUAAUAAACUACUGCUUACCUGCUUAUUGCAUAUUACAAAUAAAUAUUCAAUACAGAUGUGCAGAUUACAAUGAUAGAACCAAUCCAUACAACAUUAUUGGUUAUGAUAAUACCUAAAAUUGCAUAAUAUCUGGCACAUAAAAUGGUUAAGCUUCAAAAUGUAGGUUUGAUUAUUGUCUCUUACCUGGCGAUGGAGGUACUAAGUCUUGUGUGAAAUUGGAUUAUAAAAAGAUUAAUUAAAUAGCUAAACAAAAAAUAACAGAACUAUGUUUAUCAAUUGACUCUUAAACAAAUAUUUCUAUUAAUUGUGCUCCAAAUUUCUGCCUAGAAUAAUCUUCAAAUAAUUGCGUGCCUUUGUAAGAUAAAAAAGGCUAUAGAGGAAAGUUACUUAUAAAGGAUUAUUGCUCUGAUUAAUCAUCUGAUCCAAGUUAUCCUCUACAACAGUGUUUAGAUGGAUAUUGCGUUAGCAAUAACCAAUGUAUUAGCUUCUUAAGUGAUGCAAAUAUUGUAGGAAAAUCAUUAUCUGAGCAAUGUGUGUAUUUACCAAAUUUAUAUUGUUAAAGCUGUCCUUAAUAAUGUUAACCAAAUGUUAUAAGUCCUAUUUUAGUUAGUUGUAACUUUAAAAUGUUAGAAAUAUGUUUGUAUAGUGGCUAUUGUUAUUUCUUAAAUGGCUUGGCUAACACAAAUUCAUUGGCUAGCUCAAAUGGACAAUGCUCUUCUUAGGUUUUAUAUUCUAAAAUUGGAACUAAUGACAAAGGAGAUUGCUUAUCAUAAGGAGAGACAGUCGCAGUAUAAUGUUCAAACGGUUAUUGUUUAAAUGAAAAUAAUUCGUGUUAAAAAUACAAUGAUAUUUAUAUUGGUAGAGAUAAAAAUUACAAAUGUUUAAUAAAAGACUAAGAAGCUAUUGCAGUUUAAUGCUAAUAAGAUUAUUGCUUAAAAUCUAAUUAGAAAUCUAAAAGCAUUUAUUGUGUGAAAGUUGAUAAUAUAAAUGGAGUUGUAGGUAUUUAGAUAGGAAAUUAAAAUUGCAUAUUAGUGAAAGAUAUGAGCAGUAUAAAAGCUUCAGUUUGUGCAAAUGGUUAGUAUUGUAUGAAUUCUUAAAGCUAUUGCCAAAACAUUUAGUAAGGGAUGUGUGCUGGGCUUAAUUAAUAGUGCGUUGAUAAAAAUAAUCCAUAUGGUUGUCUUGCAUGUGAUUCUACUAGCUGUCUAAAUUAAUUUAGAUAAUGCGUUCAAAUAACCAAUGAUAAUUAACUCUGCUAAGAUAAUAAUGGAAAUUGUGCUUACUACUUGUCUAAUAAUUGUAAUUUUUGCCCUUAAUAUACUUGCAAGGAUCCAGUCUAAAAAUUUUGUAUACCUAUGAUCCACAUGAAGCUGUUGUCAAAUUAGUGCUUAGUUCAGAUUAGAAAUGACCUGCCUUGCCAAAUACAUGACAUGAAUGUUUAUUUGUAAUAAAUUCUAGUUGAUCCUAAUUAUUAGAUUUAAUGCGCAGAUACUUACAGUAGAUGUACCAGCAUUUCUGGUAAUUUCUGUUCAUCUUGUCCUGUUAAUUACAUAUAGCCUGGAAAUGGAAUUUGCUAUAAUUUAUUAGAGUAAUAGGGCAUUACCCAACAACAGUUAUCAACUUUUUUAAAUAACUUGAAUCUGUAAUACGUAGUUUAGAGCAUAGGGAUUUAUGAUAAUUAACUCUGUCCCUAAAACUGCUUUUCUUGUCUAUCAUAAAAAAUAUGCACAAGAUGCUUGUUUAGCUAUUAUUUGAUUUAAAUAGACCCUAAUAACAUCAUUUGUGUUUAAGCAAACGUAAACUAGCCUUAAGAAAUUAAAUUAAACGUAGAUGAGAACUUGUUUUAUAACGGCAAUAGAUUAUUCUAUUUAUGCACUUUAGAUGGUUUCUAUCAAGGAUAAACAUAUAAGAUUUAGCCAUAUAUUUAUGAUUUCCCUCUUUCAUUAUAGUAAGUAUAAAUAUAUGAUUUGCUAACUUAAAGGAUUAUUUACAAUCAAAAAAACUUCAUUGAUUGCUAGAAUUUUAUUUAAUAUGAGAUGAAUAGCAAUGGUUAAAUAGUCAGUUACGAAUACAUAAAUAAAAGAGGAUUGUUUCAUUAAUUUUCUUAAUCAACUAUUGCAAGCAAUAUAAUUCUUAGCUUGAAAUAGGAUAACCCAUGUGGGAAUGAAUGUGCUUCAUGUUAUUUUAACUGGACUACUAAUUAAAGCAUUUGUCUUAAAUGUAAUGCUAAAUAUGCCCUUAGAUACGAUGGAAAAUGCGUAGGAUGUUAAAGUAAUUGUACAAAAUGCAUUUUUGGAGGAUUUUUUAGUGGAUAAAGCAUAGACUGGACAGAUACUUAAAGUCUUUACAGUUUGGAUUUUAUGAAUAAACUCUCAAAUGAAGAGUAUACUCUAAAAUGUAUAACUUGUGAUACAGGCUUUACCAUAAACUCAAGAUUUGAUAAGUGUGUGUAAUGCAGUUCAAAUUGCUCUCUGUGCUACACAGGUAUGACAAAUUACAACCAUAGCUAAAUCGUGAAUUUUAAUAGAUAAUAUACUGAUAAUUUGAAUUUAGUUUACAAGUGUGUAUAGUGCAUCGACUCAACUUAUACAUUUAGCAAUGAUGAUCAGACUUGUCAGCUUAUUUCUAGCAUACAAAAUUGUGAUGUCCAACUAAAUUUAAUAUAAUCUGUUUAACUAAGUUUAUAUCCCUUUCCUUAUGUUUUAAGAAUAGGAUCAUGGGGAUUAAAUUCCAAAACAACAUAAUAUUGUUUUAAUUGCACUGAUAGUUAUUAUAAUAGAUAAAAUAUUUAGUGUUUGCAUUCUAGAACUUACUGUCUCUAGUUUCUCUAAACUUUUGAUUAUAAUUCCUAUAAUUAAUGCUACUAAACUUAGCUUAGUUUAUAUGAUUAAGAUAUCAACUAAAUUAGAUUUAAUUGUUUGCAGCCAUUGUUUGAUUCCAACGAUAAGGUAUAAAGAUGUAACCAGUGCAAGCAAAGCCAAUGUAACUACGACAUAAAUGGAAAUUUUGUUACAACUUAACCUGAUUAAAACAAAUAGAUUCUUCUGACAUGCACUGAUAAUAUAAAAAAUUGUGACUUUUGUUACACUUAUUAGAGUGAAGGAUACUUUAUUUACUAAUGCACAUAAUGUAAAUCUGGAUAUGUUGUUAGCUUUGAAGGAUGCUUGCCUUGUCCUGUCGGCUGUACAUCUUGUUAUUUAAGCGAUGGAGUUGUAAAUAUCAGCGAUUAGUUGACUUUUGUUUAACCUUUCUAUUCUUUUAGUACUCGGUAAUAGGCAGUUUAAAACAAAUAAUAUAAAUUUAGCUGCACUUCAUGUGACAAUAAUUACUACUUGAACUACUAAAAUAAUUUAUGCUACUUUUUAAAUUGUGACUAAACAUGCUCAAAAUGCUAUUAUUAUAAUUAAAUAUUUAAAUGCUAAUAAUGCAACACAAGCUAUUUAAUUUCUAAAUUGCAAAAUAUCAUCGGCUACAUUGCUUUAUUCUACUUUAAUUAAAACUACAUAGAUAUUAAUCUAAUGUUGAAUUUCAAUACUUAGCACUCUGCUUGCCAUGUCUGUCCCUACGCUUGCUAAACAUGUGAAAAAGGAGGAGAUAUAAGUGUUAAUCAGUUUUUAAUAUACAACUCUAAGUGUAAAAAAUGCAAAGAUAAUUUAUAGAUUCCACAAGUGAUACCUUAAAAUGAAUAAAGUAUUUAUUAGUGGAGGUAUGAUAGCUACAGAUAAAAAUGUGUCUUAUGUAGAGUUCAAGAUAAAGGAUGUACUUACUAACUUCUACCUAGAUAAAUUUAUGGUCAUUGUGGAUCUAAUCAAGAUGAUUUAGGAGACGGCUCUUUAAAUCAACCAAUAAAUAUUCAAAGAUCUAAUGAAAUUAAUUGGGAUGCACUUAUCAUAAAUUAGCAAGACUUUUACAAAUAUGUCACAUUUUAUAAUGAAAUUUCGUUGGAAUUCCUUGAUGUACAGCUAAUAAUAAAAGAUGAUUCUUGCUUAAUCAACUAAUAAAUAUCAAUAAAAUCCACACUUCUUAAUUAGAUAUUAACUCUCAAUAGGUUUUCUUUAACAAUUAUGAAUUACAAAAAUAAUUAACUCAACAUAUUGUCUAAAAUCCCUAUUAAAAUUCAAGGGUUUUCUGAUGUCACUUUUUUAAAUUUAUUGCUAUAAACUUAAAUAUCAAAUACUUAUAAUUACUAAUACGGUUUCUAAGUAAGUAAUUCUAUUCUUAAAAAUGUCAACCUUACAAAUGUGCAGAUUCUAAAUUAGUUUACAAGCGUUAAUAAUUUUAUCUUUGAAAUGGAUAAUCUUAUAGGUGUCUUUUAUAUUAAAAACGUUACAAUUUAAGGUUUCUAAAUUUAAAAUUCUAAUUUUUUCACCUUGAAUUAUUAAUCUUAAAAUUUCGAUAACUCUAGACUUCUUAUUAUUGCUAAAAACUCUUCACUAUUUAAUAUGAAUUUUAACAAAGGUUCAUUAAUUUAGAUUGCUUCUGGGAAUUUAUAUAUUGAAAUAGAUGAUUUCCAAAUAUUGUAAAGCAGUCUCAAUAAUAGCAGUAUUUUUAUAAACAUUUAGCCAGGUAUUUAAAGCAAAAGUGCAUACUCUAAUUGGACAAAUAUUAGUAUAAAAAACUGUUUUAUUACUUAGAAUAGCAUGAUAUUUUCUUACAAUUACUUCUAAAAGAAUGUGAUCAAUAACUUGGUUUUGGUGAAUAACUAAUUUUUGAGUUCGCAAUAUUCUUUUUUUUUCUAGUAAAACAUCCUUUACAUUUUCUCAUUGCUCGUAUAAGGAAAUACUUUUAAGAAUUAUGGAAUAUUUGAAAACUAUCAACAACCUUCUAUUGUGUAUAAUGAUAGCUUUAAUUACAUAUUUGUUGAUAUCAAUAUUUCCAGUAAUAAUAUUGCUUCUAAUAGUGGUUUAAUAUUUAGACUGAAUGGAAACAUACUUAAUCCAGCUGAUUAAAUAAAAAUAAAUGUUUUUAACUUAAAUAUUGACAAUACAUUCGAUAAUUAAUCUUUGAACAAUCUCAUUUAUGUGUAAUCAGCGAUAUCAUUUUGGAUGAUCAAAUUUACCAUAAACAAUUCUUAUUCAUCUAUUAUCUUAAAUCUAAAUAACAUUUAGAAUAUUUAAAUUUCAAAGGGAGUUAUAACAGGUAUUCAACUCUUCUAAGCAGACUUGUUUAAGUUUUCAAACAUAAUCAACAUCAUUUCUAUACAAAAAAUUUAAAUACUAAAUAUAAUUUCUAGUGCAACAGUAUUCACAUUAAAUAAUAAUUUAUUGUUGAAAAAGCCUUUACAAGUUAGUAUUUUAGAAAUAGAAGCUACAAGCAACUAAUUGAUAGUUAAAUAGAUUUCAAAUAACGUUGGUCUUUUUGUUAUAAAAAAUAACAUGGAUACUUAAAUAGUAAUUAAAAAUAUUACAUUAAUUAACAACUAUCUUUAUAGCUAAGUUGCUUCAUUAGUUUAAUACUUGCAAGUAAGUCCAGGAUUUAAUGUUAUUUGUUAAGGCUAGCUGAUUUUAUAAGAUGGGAUUUUUAAUGAUAAUUAAAGUGAUUUAACCAAUCCUGUUGUGCAUUUUACUUCACAAAAUAUUCUUGUGAAGAAUUGUUAAUUUUAAACAAUUAACUAAUAAAAGGACAACUUUAAUCUCAAAGGUGGAUUUGCUUAUUUGCAAGCAGAUUAAAUAUCAAUUAUCAACUCUUCAUUCACUGGCUAGAAAGCCAUUAAUGGAGGUGCUAUAUAUGUUUGCAGCACUGGAAUAGGCUAAAUACUUAUUAGAAACAGUUAGUUUGCUAGUAAUUAAGCAUUUUUAAACAAUAUUUACAGCAUGGGAGGAGCUAUUUAUGUCUAAACUAAUUUAGCUAAUUUUUUAGAUAUUUCCUUGGAGAACUCUUAAUUUUAGAAUAAUUUUGCAAUCUAAGGCGCUGUGAUUUAUCUUGAAAAAACAAAUGUAAAAACUUAUGUAAAAUUCUAAGAAAUUAACUUAGAAGACAACUUCUCAUUAAAACAAUCUAUUAUUCUAUUUUUAGAUGCUACAGUAAAUCAAAUACUAAAUGUAAAUAUCUAAGACUGUUUUAUUUUUAAUACAAUAUAAAACAUGUAAGAUUAGAUAAAAUAAAUGAAAACCUAACUCUAAUAAACUCCUAAUUAGCUUGAUCAAUAAUAUCAUUACAUUUAUAUUGCUUAAGCUACAGUUGUGUCAAUAAGUAAUUUACAAUUCUAGUAAAAAUUAACGAUUUUUAAUGAAAAUAAUUAAUAAAACUUUGAAUAUAUCCUACCAAUACCAAUUAUGGUUAUCAAUGCUCUGUCUUAUUCUGAGUCAUUUUCUAAAUACUUUGAUACUGUUACUAAUAACGAAAUAAUGCAUAUAUAAGCGAAUUUAAUUGAAUUGUAGUCAAUAUAACUUCAGUAAAUCAUAACUUAACAAGAAGAUUAAUAGGCUAUCAAACUGAAAGGAAAUACUAUUGAAAUCAGCAAUUGUGUGUUUGACAAUAUUGUCUGUCUAAAUUGUACUUUAGGAAAUAUAAACAUAGAAGUUAACAAAGUUGCUUACAUAACCAAAUCCACCUUCUAAAAUAGCAUCAGUUAUAAUGGAGGAGGAAUAUUUCUUUAGUCAUCAAUUUAGUAAAUAUCUAAUUAAGUCAAAAGAAUGCUCCUAAGUAAUGAUAAUCCCAUAAAGACUGUUUAAUUAUUUGGAAAUACCAUUCAAAAUAAUACUGCUACUAAUUUUGGAGGAGGUAUUUACUUAAACAAUAUUUAUAGUCUCAUCUUAAACACAACAGUGCAAAAAAACUCUGCUUACGGUUAAGGAGGAGGAAUCUAUAAUUUUAUUAAUCAAACUUUAUUUGAUAACGAUCCAGUCCUGCUGAAUUUCUAUCAAUUGUAUAAUGUCAUCAUGCAAAAUAGUUAUGUGAUCUACAAUUCUGCAUUAAAUGGUGGAGGCUACUAUUCUACAUUUAAUCUUCCCUAUAUUCAAAAUAGCUUUAUUUUGAGUAACAAGGCUUAUUCUUCUGGAUCUAAUCUCUUAGGAUUGCCUUCUUCCUUUCAAGUGUAUUUCAAUAACAAUCUUGUCCAGCAGAAUUCAAAUAUUAAAAUAGUUUCAGGCAAAAUUCAACAACCUUUUGUGGUGUAUUUGAUGAAUGAUAAAUACUAAAUUUACAAAAAUUUGGAAGAAACUGAUAUUUAUUUAGAAGUUUAAAUUGUAGCAGAUGAACCGAAUUAAGAGAAACUAAUUUUGUAAAAUAAUAAAAUUAAGUUCUAAAAUAAUUUAUUUGACUUGAGUAAUUUAGCUGCUUUUGGCUAGUUUGGUUAAAAGUCAAGAGUAGUAUUUUCAUGCAAUAAAUUAGGACAAGCCAUUUAUUAAUAGGGAAAUAUUGUUUAAAUAAAUAAAAAUAUAACGUUUUAAGUUGAUUUCUAAAUAUUAAAUGAGUGUCCAAUAGGCCAAAGAAGCACAAAAAUAAACAAUACCUAUGAUUCAUGUGUUUAUUGCUUAGAAAAGACUUAUAACCUUUAAUCUGGUUAAUCUAUAUGUUAAAAAUGCUAAUCUUCUUCAUUUUAGUGCUCUUCCAGUGUUAUUUAAAUUACAGAUGGUUACUAUAGAACAAAUAAUUUAACAGAUGAUAUCCAGCAAUGUAGUAAUUGGAGUCAAAACUGUCUAGGAGAUAUUAAGAGAGAUAAUUCUCUUUUAAACUAACUCAGGGCAACUUCUAAUUGGGCAAUAUAUUAUUGUGCAGAAGGUAAUACUGGCAUUUUUUGUGAGGACUGUGAUAAUUAAGGUGAAUUUUGGUAAUUUAAAUACAUGAGAUAUGAGCAGUAUAGAUGCUAAAAAUGCACAGAUAGUAAUGUAUUAUAGACUAUUGUAAUAGCUGUUGUUCUUUAGAUUUUUACAUUGUCUAUAAUAUUGAUUGUCAUUUUCAAUAUUUGGAGCAAACUUUAUUAGACUCAACUUUACUUUUCUAAAAGAGGCGAUUUCACCCUUGAGUGCAUGAAAUUCUUAGAUUCUUUUCGUUAGAAGUAGAAAAGUCAUACAAUUAUUUGUUUUAAAAUUUUAUUUUGCUACUUUUAGUUGCUUUUUAUGAUAACAUAGCUAGAGCUCUAAUUGCCAUGGCCUGUAACAUUUUUGCUUAUUGCUUUAGCAAGAUAUUAAGAAUUCGUGCUUCGAUCAUUUGAUUGCUUUGUCAAUUAAAUUCCGAUUGCUUAUGCUAAAAAUAUAAUCUCAAUAUUAUAUUUUUUAGCUAUAAACAUAUUGAUUAUAAUAUUAGCUUAUCUGUUAAUGCUGUUUAAGUCAAGAUAAAUAAGAUGGAAAUACAUAAAUAAUUUCACAAAAAGCUAUUUUAUUCAUUUUAUAAGUUUUAUUUUUAGCUUAAAUUACUUCAUCUACUCGCCAUCAAUUGUUCAUCUGUUGAGUUAAACUGUAAUUUAAUUUAUUUAUUUAUUUUUUAAUCUAUUUUAACUUAAAUAAAUAAUAAAAACAGAUUAACUGUGGAACGAACAACGGAGUAGAUUACGUACUCUAUUCCACAUCUCUUUAAUGUGA